AAAGUACUCCCAACGGUGCGCAUCAGGCGCAAUAUAUCUUUUAAUUCCCUUUUGUGUCCGAAAACCAGUAAAAACUAAGAACCUAACUUUGUGAUUAAUUUCAUUUCUGCCCCUCAGUUUUUGCUUAGUUUGGCGUCCAUUUCAAGUCCAAGCUUUUGCUGCUUUCUCUUCUUCUUCCUUCUUCUGCUGCUUGGGCUUUUCUUUCUGAUUUUUCUUCUUCCUUUUCUCUUUGAAAAGCCGAUUUCUAGGGUUUCUAUUUUGAGAGUUUUAUUACUUAUUAGCAAAGAGAGAAGGAAAGAAGGAAAUAAAAUAAAAAAAUUUAUUUUCUGGGGAUAUUUGAGGGAAGAUGACGACCAUGGAGAGCUUGAUCGGAUUGGUGAAUCGGAUCCAGAGGGCUUGUACGGCUCUCGGUGACUAUGGAGGUGGCGAUAAUGCUUUUUCUUCUCUUUGGGAAGCUCUACCUUCUGUUGCCGUUGUCGGUGGCCAGAGUUCGGGGAAGUCUUCAGUGUUGGAGAGUAUAGUUGGGCGUGACUUUCUUCCCCGAGGAUCAGGGAUUGUGACGAGGCGGCCUCUUGUCUUGCAGCUUCACAAGACUGAGGGAGGAGUUAAUGAGUAUGCUGAGUUCCUUCACCUCCCUAAGAGGAGAUUCACUGAUUUUGCCAUGGUUCGUAAGGAAAUUCAGGAUGAAACUGAUAGAAUGACUGGGAAAACUAAACAGAUCUCUCCUGUUCCAAUCCAUCUUAGCAUCUACUCUCCUCAUGUUGUCAACCUAACUCUCGUCGAUUUACCUGGUUUGACAAAAGUUGCCAUUGAGGGGCAGCCUGAGAGUAUUGUUCAAGAUAUUGAAGCCAUGGUCCGGUCUUAUGUUGAGAAGCCUAAUUGCAUCAUAUUGGCAAUUUCUCCGGCCAACCAAGAUAUAGCAACAUCUGAUGCAAUCAAACUUGCCAGGGAAGUGGAUCCUUCAGGUGAACGGACGUUUGGAGUGUUGACAAAGCUUGAUUUGAUGGACAAAGGAACAAAUGCAUUGGAUGUUCUUGAAGGAAGAUCCUAUAGGCUGCAACAGCCAUGGGUUGGAAUUGUGAACCGUUCACAAGCUGAUAUUAAUAAAAAUGUUGACAUGAUUGUUGCAAGACGCAAGGAGCGUGAGUACUUUGCAACGAGUCCCGACUAUGGACACUUGGCUAGUAAAAUGGGUUCAGAGUAUCUUGCAAAACUUCUUUCCAAGCACUUGGAGUCCGUUAUUAGGGCUAGGAUUCCAAGUAUCACAUCUUUGAUCAACAAAAGCAUUGAUGAACUUGAAUCUGAAAUGGACCAUCUUGGUAGGCCUAUUGCCGUUGAUGCUGGGGCUCAAUUAUACACUAUCUUGGAACUUUGUCGUGCAUUUGACCGGAUUUUCAAGGAGCACUUGGAUGGAGGGCGGCCUGGUGGUGAUCGGAUUUAUGGCGUCUUUGACAACCAGCUACCUGCUGCUUUGAGAAAGCUUCCAUUUGAUCGUCAUCUUUCUUUGCAGAACGUAAGGAAAGUGGUUUCUGAGGCGGAUGGUUAUCAGCCACAUCUUAUUGCCCCAGAGCAAGGUUACAGACGCCUCAUUGAGGGAUCACUUAAUUACUUUAGAGGCCCAGCUGAAGCUUCUGUGGAUGCUGUUCACUUUGUCUUGAAAGAACUUGUGAGGAAGUCCAUUGGAGAGACUCAGGAGUUGAAGCGGUUUCCAACUCUGCAAGCUGAAAUAGCUGCCGCUGCUAAUGAGGCCUUGGAAAGGUUCCGUGAAGAUAGUAGGAAGACAGUUGUAAGAUUGGUUGACAUGGAAUCUUCAUAUUUGACUGUGGAUUUCUUUCGUAAGCUUCCGCAAGAAGUGGAAAAAGCAGGAGGACCCGGAGGGCCAGGAGGGCCAGGAGGCCCAGCUGCAUCAAAUGCAGCAGAUCGUUACUCAGAAGGACACUUUCGAAGGAUAGGAUCAAAUGUAUCCUCAUAUGUGGGAAUGGUGUCUGAAACACUGAGGAACACAAUUCCUAAAGCUGUGGUGUAUUGUCAGGUUAGGGAAGCCAAACAGUCCUUGCUAAAUCACUUCUACACACAAAUAGGGAAGAAAGAGGCUAAGCAGUUUUCACAGUUGUUAGAUGAAGACCCAGCACUGAUGGAGAGGAGGCAGCAGUGUGCAAAAAGGCUUGAACUUUACAAGGCAGCAAGGGAUGAGAUUGACUCUGUGUCAUGGGCCCGCUAGAUUGAUCAGUAUAGAGAUGAUCACGGAUGAUCGAGUCCCUUGAUGGUUUGACUUGUUGGGAGACGUGAUAUUCUUUUGAUUAUAUUUUGUUUUCAUGAUCCUUUAUUAUAUUUCAUUGUUAAGCAGUCUCUCAUGCUUAGGGAUGGGAUGCUCUAUUAUUGUUUUUGUCUGAUUAUUUUCUUUUUUACCCUUUUUUUCUUUUGUACGAGUAUUAUGUAAAUCUGUAGAACUUGUUUGGCUUCUAAGUAUGUAAUAUAUUAGACAUUGAUUAUUAA